CAGCUCAGGGAACAGCUGCCCAGAACCCCCAGGAGGGAGGGAGGGGGCGUGGCCUGGGCUGGAGAGAAGGGGUGUGGCUCAGGCUGGUGGGGAGGGAGGGUGAGUGGCGGCCCCACCCCUGGGAGGGGAAUUCCUGUUGGAGGAGUUGGACUGGCCUGCCUGCACGGCCACUGCCUGGAAUCCAGCUGGCUGUCCCUGGCUAACAGAGGGACCGCCGCGCCUGCGGCCGGGCUUGGGCAGAUCCUGUCGGAGACGGCACACUGGGCCUGGGAGCCUCCGGGGCACGGGGGCCCCAGUGAAGUUUCUAGUGGGGCCCACAGCCAGAAGGAGGCGGCAGUUGCUGCAAGGUCAGUGCCAGAGCCUGCCCCAGCCGCGGAGGGCCACACUGACCUUCAAGGCCCCAGCCACCCCGCCGCCACCCUGGGGUCCCCACCCACCCAUCCCAGCCUCUGCCCUGGAGGCACCGCCCCUGAACUGUGCCCUGGGGUCCCCACUGGUGGCCCUGCUGACCUCAGCUCUGGGCUCACCAGUCUGCCUCCGGGCCCUGAGCACUUGGACCCACCGCACCAAGUGCUGGGAGAGGAUGGGUCGGGCAGCGGGGCCCUGGGGAAGCCCCAGGGUGCCAGGACCCCGGACAGUGAGCCCCUGCUGGGGGCCAUGGCCGCGGCCCCUCCCUGGGCCAGGCACACAGAGGACGAGCAGGCGCAGCAGGAGGCGGAGGAGUGCCCCGUCUGCAUGGAGCCCUGCGGGCCUGCCCACCGCCUGGCCCUGCUGAACUGCGGCCAUGGCCUGUGCACGGGUUGUCUGCACCGGCUGCUGGCCACCACCCCCGGCGACCUGGGCCGGGUGUGCUGCCCGCUGUGUCGCCAGAAAACCCCCAUGCUCGAGUGGGAGAUCUGCCAGCUGCAGGAGGAGCUGCUGUGGGCCGACGGGCCCCCGCCCCCCCCCGCCCCCCACCCGCCUCUGCCUGCCCGCCGCGGCCGCGGGCCCUGGGCCUCCCUGGAGCACCGUUACCAGCUGCGCUUCCUGCCGGGGGCCGUGGGAGGCCGAGGCUGCCUGCCCUUCCUGCCCUGCCCGCCCUGCCUGGGUGCCUGGCUCUGGGCCCUGCGGGGACGCGGGCCCUGCGCUCGCCGCCUGGCGCUGCUGAGCCUGCUGGCGCUUGAGCUGCUCGGCCUGCUGCUCGUCUUCACCCCGCUGCUGCUGCUGGGGCUGCUCUUUGUGCUGCUGGACGGCUCCCGCCGCUGACGACCACACGCCUGCCGCCGGCACGGCCUGGGCCUGGGCCAGCCUGAGUGCCAGGGGCCCCAGGAGCACCCUGCCCUGAGGCCCGAUGACCACGACUGAAGAACCCAGGGCUGACCAGGACGCUAGCCUUCAUCCUGGGGCCUGGACAGGGCCGCCCUGCAGCCUGCGUUCAGACUCUGACCCAGCCCGAGACGUCUACUGCCCAGACAUGAACCGCCGGCGCCCAGCACGGCACUGGAGGAGGUCCGUGGCCAGGGCUUUGAGAGCCCCUCGAUGGACAGGCCCCACCCCGCUGCUGGGUCUCCUGCCUGGCUGGUCUGCAGGAGGGGGCGCCGUGGACCACGUGGAAGGUCAGGCAGCCCGUGGGGCCCUUGCUGCACAGGCCCAGGCCACAAAGGGCCCCCUCACCUGGGCUGUCGGGAGCCCAGCGGACCCGAGCAGCCUGGGUGUCAGCACACACCCCUCCACUUCGAGGGCCCAGGGCCCCGCUGGGCCCUGCAGCCAGAGACUGCCAACCAGGCCCCAGCUCUCCUGACCCCACCGCAGCGCCCCUCCCUGAGCCUGCGGCCUGCGCCUGCGGACACUGUCAGAGCCCCACCUCACGGGCUCGUUGGCACGGGGGGGGGGCGGCUCUCAAUAAACAGGGACUGCGA